UUCCCGCCUCUAUAACAAUAACGUCUGCACCAUAAUAUGCAUAUUCCCACACUAAACACUAUGUAGUAUGGUAAAAGGUAUGAUAUAGGCUUACUAUAGUGUACAAUUUUGGCCAUUUCUAUUGAAACACAGCCAGGUAAACAGUCUUUAUGACUUUAUGCCAUCCAUGCCCCAAUAAUAAACCGUCAUUCAGAGUGACUUAGAUUUUUUUUCCUCUUUCAGUUGGUGCAAAACUGAGGUGAACUGAGCAUGGUUGUAUAUUAAUCAUAGUUUUAUGUUAAUCACUUAAUUAUAUCAUGCAGUACACCUUUCUGGAAGCAGUCACGCUUUUUUUCUUUCAUUUCAUUUCAUCUGUAUUAGUUCAAGCAGCCACAGGGUUCCAAUGAGUCGAGACAGGGUCUAAAUACACAAGCAGGAAAACCACCUUUUUUUAGUUUUUUUUGUAUAUUUAUUACUGUAUUCCAGCAUUUCUAGGUGAUAUUGCUUCAUCUGUCUAACCAAAUUAAAAAUCUGUGGAAUGCAGGCCAUUGAAAUUCCACCUCAGUGUUUGUGGUCUUGCCAAAACCGGUAGAACAUGUCUGACCUGAGAGGCAGCCAUUAAAACGGCCAGCCACUGAAACCCAUUUACCUGCCUAUGAAGUCUUUAUAACUUCCCGACUAUGUCCCAAACAAAUUUUACCCCAUUAAAAAGGUGUCAAGAUGUGAAAUAUGUCACUGUUUCUUAGCACAGUACAGGGGCUACGACAAAAUCUGCAUGCUGAAGAGUGUGCCAAAACAUUAUUCCCUAUCAGAUUGUUACAAGUUGCUAUAUUUAGUAUGGUAGUCUGCAAUUUUAGAUAUAGCCCAGAUCAGCAGUGCUUUCGUAAAUGUUGACUCAUUUAGAGAUAAUCAGAUUUCCACACGUUUUUACAUGAAUUGAUUUUAUCAUUCCUUUAUCAUAUAAACAAAUGGCUAUGGGGCAAUUUCAGUUUGUAAUGACUUUGAUGAUAGAUUUCUGGGACAAACAAACGAGCUUAGAAAAGAAACAGAAAACCAAAAUCAUAUGUAAAUUAUGUUUGAAAACUGUGCUUAAUAGGGACACUAACAUGAUAGUACAUGGUGUGGUGUUGGUGUUGAAAUAAUAUCUCAGUUUAAUUUUAUUUGUGUAGCAUACGUCACAAAUAGAUAUAUAGAUACAAUAGAUAUUGUCACAAAGCAACUUUGCAGAAAUACAGAUGUAGAUUUGGAUUUCUAAUGACACUGGCAAGGGAAAACUGCCUGAAACCUCAUGAGGAAGGUGGCAAGGGAAAACUCCCUGAAACCUCAUGAGGAAGAAACUUUGAGAGAAACUUUGAUACCCGAUAAUGAGCUUAUUCUUCUACAACUGUGUACUGUAAAGUCAAAGUGUUAUGUUGAAAGGAUGAGCAAUAUGAGCAUACUGUGAAUAAGAGUCCAUCCAUCCAUCCAUCCAUCCAUCCAUUCAUUCUCUGUACCACUGAUCCUACAGAGAGUCAUCCGGGGAGUCUGGAGCCUAUUCCAGGGGACUCGGAGCACAAGGCGGGGGACACCCUGGACAGGGCUGCAUAAGAGUCCUGGGAUGAAUACAUGGAAGUGUUUAUGAUUUAGUGUUCAGGUGUAGCAUGGGUCCUGGACAGCAGUGACACUACUGUAAUCCUUUUCACUGGAGAGAGUGGACAAAUGGGUGCAUAAGAACAGAUCAGUUAUGCAUGUAUCAUGUAUCCAUACAAACUAGCGAAUACGGUUGGUGUGGCUAAUAAAAUGGCCAAUGAACGUGCAGGGGGUGUGUAGGUAUAAAGUCCGGUUUUUUAAACCUGGUAUGAUCACGCCACGUGCGAUAACGAAUGACUGACAGUCGCGCGCCUGCUUGCAGCCGCUUCAGGCGGAGUUGCGCGAGCGGACAAUGAUGUCAUGCUUAAACAGAGGGCGGGGCGGCGCGCGCGGUUUCAGGUGCCGCUUAACUUUCAAAACAAGUUCGGCGAGUUUCAGGAGAAACAAAGCCGGAGCGCCGUGAAGAUACACACACACACACACACACAGUGCGCUCUGAGAGGAUUAUAAAUGAAGUGGACAUUUAAGACCAGAGCAGCUGUAACGAAAGGGAGCGCACCAUGCACUGGGAACAGCUACUCCGCCUAAAGAACGGCGAGAUCGAGAGGCUGGAGGGCAGUCUGGCUCAGGCAGCACUCUGCAAUGUGGACGGCUCACAGGCGGGGUCAGAGGAUUCGACGCUCGACCCCCAGCGCGCACGGCAGGCCAUAGCACAGCUCCAGCAGAAGAUCCUGAGGCUGACGGAGCAGCUGCGCAUCGAGCAGGCAGCGCGUGAUGAAAAUGUAGCUGAGUACCUCAAGCUCGCCAACAACACCAAUGACAAGCAGCAGAGUUGCCGGAUUAAACAGGUCUUCGAGAAGAAAAACCAGAAGUCGGCGGCAACUAUCGCACAGCUGCAGCGCAAGCUGGAACACUACCGGCGCCGGCUCCGCGAGGCUGAGCAUGGUGGCGACGCGGCACGCCAACACAAAGGUGUGCUGCGUGACGUUCAGCAGGGUCUACGUGACGUGGGUGCUCGGGUUAUCACCGGCCUCAAUGAUGGCGUGGUGAACAGCGUGCGGGGCGGCCUGUCCAGCUUCUCACACGCCACCCACACGGCAGCCGGUGCCGUGGCCUCAAAGCCGCGGGAGAUCGCAUUGCUUCUGCGCAGCCGCUUCGGCAGCGCCGACAACAUUAGCGUGCUGAAGGAUGGAGAAGAUCCUAAUGGUGCCAACACCAGCGGGCACUUGCAGGGCAGCCCACGGUUUGGCAGUGAAGAGGACUGCUCGAGCGCAACGUCAGGAUCAGCCGGUGCCAACAGCGUGACAGGGGGAGUCGGCGGAGGCCCACCGAGCUCUAAGGGGAACACACUGGAGCGGGGAAAUUGCAUGGGGAUGGAGAUGCUGAUACAGGAGGUGCAGGAGCUCAGGGAGGUUCAGGCUCGUCUGGACGAAACUCUGGAGGAGCUGAAGGUCCACUACCAGCGGGACUACACACUGUCCAUACAGACACUGCAGGAGGAGCGGUUCAGGUGUGAGCGGCUGGAGGAGCAAUUGAACGACUUAACAGAGCUCCACCAGAAUGAGAUUCUGAACCUGAAACAGGAGCUGGCCAGCAUGGAAGAGAAAAUGGCUUAUCAGUCCUAUGAGAGAGCUCGGGACAUACAGGAGGCGCUGGAGGCCUGUCAGACACGCAUCUCAAAUAUGGAGCUACAGCAGCAGCAGCAGCAGGUGGUGCAGCUUGAGGGCCUGGAGAACGCCACGGCACGGGCCCUGCUCGGCAAGCUCAUCAACGUCCUGCUCGCCCUCAUGGCCGUCCUCCUGGUGUUUGUAUCCACUGUGGCUAAUUGCGUGGCACCCAUGAUGAAAACUCGCAGCCGCUCCUUCUCCACUCUCUUCUUCCUCCUGCUCUUCACCUUGCUCUGGAGGAACUGGGACGCACUCUCAGGACACACACUUCGCUUUCUGCACACGCCGAGAUGACGGCGCUGCCAACCGCAUUGCAGUGGUGCUUUGAACAUCAGGAAGCCACAGCCAACCGUCAACCAUCGAGAGACGGGAAAAUAAUCUGUGAAAAUAAACUUCCUUUUUAAAGGAAAAGGUGUUAUACGUUUACAUUUUGGAAGUAUGAAUUAAAAGUCAGCCCUUUGUUGCGGCACCUCUUUUAUUAGGACGUUGUAAUAAAUAAUAAAUGAUAUUCCAUCGAUUUGUAACAAAUUUUGUUUUAUAGCAUAAUCAGUUGUAUGUAGCAUCAAAGCCCUAUUACUGAAACAGGUCAUGGGAAAUUAUAUGGAUGUUGCACUCGAACUUUUCUCCCCCAUCACUGCCUUUGGUAGAUUUUUGGUAAAUCUUAUUGGCUGCCUUUAAGGGGGGAGUGUAUGCACUUUGAGCUAUGAUUAGCAGUGUUAGUCUACUCUGCCAUCACUUUGUUCACUGCACUGGAUUUAACAUUGAAGGGGGAACCUGAAUGGACUGAUGGACAUACUUGAAGAGAAUGGUACUUUUAGGGACCUUCUGUGCUUCCAUAUUGUUUCUAUUAGCAAUGUAUUACUACUUUCAGGAACUUUAUAGUAUAUGAAUGAUAAAAAAUAUGAAUUUACGUUCAAUGAAUGAGUGAGUUGUUGAAUGGGGCACUACUGUUGUGACUGGAGCCUGUUUACCGUAUGAUAUCAAAGAAAUUGCAAAAAGUCUUCAGGUCCUCAGUGAAUUUUAUUUCUGCUGAAUACUGCACAUUCUAUCAAAUAAGCUAUCAGCAGUCAAAAUGUUUUUAUUAGUGUAUUGCAAUGGUGAAAAUUCAAGCCUGUACACCUUUUCUAAAAACUGCACAUCUGGGGAAGGUUACUACACCCAGUAUUGGGUCACAUCAGUUUUAUAUUGGUGUUUGACCUUCAUUCUCUUUGAGCUAAUUUAUUUGUCUGAGUCAACUAAUCAAAAAUCCAUAAUAUUAUAUUUGCCAAGACUGCCAUUUUCCUAAAAAUGCUAUUUAAGCAUUUCUAGGUGAGGACAGGACACGGGACGUAACGUCUCACAAAACUGAGCAUCAACAGAAUUAAUGUGGGGAACAUUCUAUAAUAAUACAGCUAUAUUUAAAGGCACAACUGUUUAAAUUGAGUGUUUUAAUGAAUCCCUGUGGGAUGUAUGAGUGAAGUUUUUUAUUCUGGCAAAGAAAUCCUUUUUUUCCAUGUGAGCAUAGCCAAGCUAUUAACAUUGUUACUGUACUUAAAUAUCUUUUAUAGUAUUCAAUCUAAAUGUAACAUGUGAGGCAUCCAAUUAAGCUAUGGAUAAUUGGUUUAGCUACUUGAAUAAUAAAUCGGAUUAAUCAGUAAAUAAAUCUUUGAAUCCCUCGUUGGUGACCCAGGUGGACAGGCUCUAGGUCUCCACACUGCAAGACUGUUUAACCUUGACCCUGAAAAUGUGUGAAACAGCCGGAGGUGUGUGUGUAUGCGUGUGUGUGUGUGUGGGUAGGUGGGUGUGCAUGCUAAGCAACUUCAGUGCCUUCUGAUGUCUGUAUGCCUGUAAUAAAAAGCAUUCCUGCCUAGACAAA